UAAUUGUAAAUGGGUCAAGGGAUAGUGAAGAUGCAAACGGUAGUGAGAUUGGACAGGAAUGUUCAAUUAAAUCUUUAUUGGAGAUAUAUAACAUCAUGAUGAAAGACUAUCGCAAGGAUGUGCAUCCAAACUUCGAAUGUCAGGAGACGUUCAACGUCGACAUUAAUUGUCGACUGGAAACGUUGAUUCAACUGGAUCAGGUAGAGGAGCGACUUUCGUCUGUGAUGUCGUUCACAAUCGAAUGGAGAGACACUCGGCUCGACUGGACACACCAUGUAUUGUGCGUUUUGGAAACAGACACGUGUUUAAAGAAUUCGUAUAUGGCAAUUGAUAAGGAGCUGAUUUGGAAACCGUCAGUUACAAUCGCUAACCCGCAUAGCCCCAGAUACAUGCUGUCAGACAACACUGGGAGUCAAGUCGAGGUGGAUUUGUGGGGCGAUGUAACAUGGACAUACUCGCAAAUAGUGGAAACUCGAUGUAAUGUUGAUAGCACUCAUUUUCCGUUCGACAAACAGUUUUGUGAAAUACAGAUAUCGGUACCAGCGUAUUCUGGCAUCGAGAUCUCACUCACGCAUUGUAUCAAUCCAGAUACUUUGUCUACUGGAGAGUGGCAAAUUGUAACUUUCAAACAGUUUUUCAUGGACAAAUCUCGUAAAACUCGUGCAAAAACCAGAAUUGAUAAGGUUUUUAUUAUCGAAUACGAGUUGAAACGUAAACCCCUUAAGGCAUUAGUAAUUAUUAUUCUACCGGUAUUCAUUCUGGUGUCUAUGGUUCCUUUAGUUUUCCUGAUACCAAAGGAGUCCGGUGAACGUCUGAAUUUAGCGUUGACAGGUUUAUUAGCGGUGUCUGUGUACAUGUCACUCGUAGCUGGAAGUUUGCCAAGCAGUUCGGACCCUUUGCCCCUAAUCACUGUGUGCAUGUUUAUGUGGUUCUUAUCAAAUGCGGCCAUUGUAAUCAUAGUUAUUUUGGAUUCUGCUCUCCGCGUGAAGAAGGAAACAAAGCAUGUUCCGUCUGUCUGUGACCCCAUGGUUACAUUUGCCAAAAGACUGCGUUGCGAGGUAAAAAAAGUUUCAGAACAGGAUUCAUCAGAAGAGGAUAUUGAGAUUUUAUCGCAUAAUGAUGGAACGCACAACAGAAAAGACCGAGAAAAAUCGAAAAUUCAAGAAAGAAAAAUCACCUGGCAGCACGUAAGUCGCGCCCUGGACACAUAUAUGAUCGUGAUUAUCUAUGCAAUAAAGCUCGUAUUCGCCGUAAGCAUGUUCAUUGUUUUGUACUUCGGCGAUGUUGACAAGUCAAGUCCUCGGGUGCAAGCCCGCCAACUGCCAAGCAAUAUUUCAAAUGCGAUUGUAUGUGAGGACAGAUUAUAUGAAUAAAAGGUUGUUGUAUCACACUGCUGUUUGUAUUUGUUGAUCACACCAAAGCUUUCGAUUAUUUGGUGAGGGAUAUCAUCUGGUAUAAACUGUUGAAGCUAGGCGUUAGAGAAAAUUGCUUGAUAUCAUUAAAUGUAUACAAAUGUGAAAUCAAGAAUAAAAUUAGGUAAUACAAUAAAUAAUGGAGAUAUUUAGGAGUAAGACAAUGAGAAUCAUUAUUACAAUUCCUCUUUUCUAUUUAUUUGAACGACUUAGAAGAAUAUUAUGUGUUAAAUGAUUUUAAAGGAAUAGAUAUUGGUAUGUUAAAACUAUGUUUUUUGUUAUAUGCAGAUGAGAUUGUUAUUAUGGCAGAAACUGAAGAAGAACUAAUUAAUGGUUUGUCUUUGUUAUAGAAAUAGUGUUAUAGGUGGAAAUUAUGUGUUAACCCAAAUGAAACAAAGGUUAUGGUUUUAACAGGAGAGACAACUUAGGAGGGAUAUUGCAUUGUUGUACAAAGACCAAGCGUUAGAAAUUCAUUAACAUACUUUGGAAAUGUAUUCCCUACAGGAGGAUCUUUUGCAAAUAAAUUUGAAACACUUGCAUGUCACGCCUGAAAGGCUGUUUUAACCUUUACUCAUAUUUAAUAAAUUAUCCAACAAUUUCAAAACAUACCAAAUUAAAGUUGUUUGAUCAGCUUGUUUUACCAAUUUUAAAUAAUGUGUUAUACGUCUGGUGCUUAACUGAGUCAAUGGCAAUUGAAAGAGUUCAGCUAAAGUUUUGCAAAAAAAAACUACUUGGCGUGAAAAUUCAAAUACAGAAUAAUUUUGUAUAUGGGGAACUUGGAAGAACAUCCUUGAUAACUAAAAGUGUCAUUAAUGUAAUACGUUAUUGGUUGAAAAUUAUUCAGUUAGAAGAUCAUAACUAUGUAAAGUGUUUUAUAGCAACAUAUGUUAGA